AAUAAUUCAACAAAUUCUUCUGUGAAUAAUGAUUCACAAACGGUUGUGAGUGAUGAUUAUACACGUUCAGAAGCUCUUUCGGGCUAUCAAUCAUAUGAAUCUCUGGUAACAGAAUACGCCUCUGCAUUUGAAGAGGAUGAUGAUGAAACGGAUCUUACACAAGAGGAGUGCUGGGAACGUGGUCUAGUUGAAGUUAUGAACGAAACCCCAAUGCAAGCGAUAAGAUAUUCUGAUUUUGAAGAUGGGCAAGAAAUAAUGACUCGAUACCAGUUUGAUAAGCCAUCAUUUACUAAACCUCAAUUUCCGAGCCUGAGGGUAUUAAAAAGCAACUGUUCCCCUAAUCAUAAACAGUUUGAUGAAAUCGAUUACAACGAAAAUGAUUUCAAAGGAAAUGAGAAGAUUGUGGUUGAUGAACCGGUAUUUUUUGGAAAGAUUCCUGUUAUGGUACAUUCUAAAUUUUGCUCAACUGAAAGAACGUCAUGA